GCGUGUUUGCAGAAGCUCAGUCAUUCUUGAUGAAAAAAUAAUAAGUGGCACUCUUGUCUUCGUCCUUAAUCGGACACUUUCUGUACUUUUAAUAUAAUUUCAAAAUGAAGAUCACCGUCUGUUUGCUAUUAACGAUUUUCCUGGCGAUUUGUCUUGCUCUACCAGCAGACGAUAAACCCACUCUGAAACGGCGAAUUGCAAGUCUGAAGAAAACGACAGAUACCGGAAAUUUGAACGCAAGAUCAUGGUACUGCCAAUACUUUCCAUGGAUGUGUGAAAAAGGUUGUAAAGAUAACCAGUUUACAUGUGACAACGACAAGUGUAUCCCAUGGCACUGGGAAUGUGACGGCAUUAAUGACUGUGGCGACAACAGUGAUGAAAAUAAUUGCGGUUGUAAGAAUAACCAGUAUACUUGUAACAACGGCAACUGUAUCCGAUCGAACUGGGAAUGUGACAACUUUGACGACUGUGGCGACAACAGUGAUGAAGACCACUGUGGGUGUCAAUCUAACCAGUUCACUUGUGAUAACAGUAACUGCAUUUAUGAUUUUUGGGAAUGUGAUAAUUACGACGAUUGUGGCGAUAACAGCGAUGAGCAAUAUUGUGGGUGUGAAUCUAACCAGUUCACUUGUGAUAACAGUAACUGCAUUUAUGAUUUUUGGGAAUGUGAUAAUUACGACGAUUGUGGCGAUAACAGCGAUGAGCAACAUUGUGAAUCAAAAUCAUCAUCUUCUGGAGACUUCUUAUCGAGUUAUUCUUCGGCUUGUGGUGAUACGGACUUCAUUUGCGACAGUGGUUUGUGCAUCACCACCGAAUUGAAGUGUAACAACUACAACGACUGUGGUGAUAACAGUGAUGAAAUAAACUGCGAUUGUCAAGUAAACGAAUUCACGUGCAUCAAUAAAGACUGUAUUGCGGCAAAUUUGGAAUGCAACGGUGAACAAGAUUGUUCAGACAAUAGUGACGAAAUGAAUUGUGGUGAAGAAUGUGCCUGGUCGGAUUGGUCAGCUUGGUCCCACUGUAACACACAGUGUAAUGCUGGGACUCGCGAGAGGUCUAGAUUUUGCUCUUGUACUACAGGAGUUUGCGAAGGAGAGAGUGAUGAACUGGAGGCAUGCCCGGAAAUGACGUGUAACCCGGAAGCGAAGCAAGGGUGUGGCGCACGAAACCCUCAGGAAAGGACGCAACGCAUUGUCGGUGGUGAGGAUGCUGUUGUUGGUUCCUGGCCUUGGCAGGCCCAGCUCUACUACGGCAGCAGUUUCUCAUGCGGUGGUACAUUGAUCGGUAGAAAAUACGUUAUCUCAGCGGCACACUGUUUUGAUAGUGACUCCGCAUCUCCUUGGCAAGUGAAUCUCGGUAAAAAUACUCUUGGGAUGAAUGUCAAUGCUGGCAAAGGGGAGCAUGCGGCCAAAGUCGCUAAAAUAAUUAUUCAUGAGCUUUACAACGACGCGACAACUGACAACGAUAUUGCGCUCAUGGUGCUUGAAGAAGAAGUACCCGACUCUCCGAUUAUCAACGGAGCGUGUUUGGAUCAAACCGGCAGCCGUGAAUUUGGUGGCCAAUCUUGUUUCAUUUCCGGAUGGGGUACAACAUCAUUCGGUGGAAGUGUAUCUCAGAUUUUGCAAGAGGCAUCUGUACCAAUUAUUGAUCGUGAUACUUGUAAUGAAUCCUACAAUGGCGACAUAACGAGUAACAUGUUGUGCGCUGGGUUCCUUCAUGGUGGUGUUGACGCUUGUCAAGGUGACUCUGGCGGACCACUUGUAUGCACUUCACCAGAUGCAGAUGGCCUUGACCAUUGGUAUCUAGUGGGAAUAACCAGCUGGGGUAAUGGAUGCGCUCUUGCAAACUAUCCUGGAGUCUACACAAAAGUCGCCAACUAUAUUAGUUGGAUAAAUGAGCAGAUAAAUAAUAAUCCAUAAAAAACGACGUCGUGAUUAGAAAUUGUUAGCGUUUAUGAUAUAUUUGUUCUUGUUUUUACUUGACCAAUAUUUACUGAUGUUUCACAAGACGUACGGUACCCAUCCGAUUCGGUGAUUUUAAAUUUGAUGUCAUCUGUUAUUGUCUGUUAGCAGUGACGGAUCCAGCAUUUGAAAAUAGAGGGGGGGGGGGCAGGGAGGGGCUUUCACAGAUAUGUGGGUCUGGACCCAGAACAUUUAUGAUAAUGGCACCUCUAGAUGGCCGGAAUAGCACUCGCAGACUUAAAUUUGAAUACUAGUUUUAUUUUCCUCCCACGGACGGCUGGUUCCCCUUAUCCGACACUGAUUAGUUUAUUGACAAACCGGGUCCCUCGCCAUGGAUUCUGGGAGCUUGAAAGAGCUCCCUCCUCGAGGGCUCGACUUAGUCUACCACACACUUUGUCAGUCGGUCGCCAACCUAUGAAUCUGGCCGGCGAUUUUUUUCUAAGUUGUCCGACAGGGGGAGCUUGGUCUCGUAGGCUGGAGCUGAGGGAAGGGGAUGAGAGGGUCCCCCUCCCAAAUGAGAUUUUUUUUCAAAGAAUAGCAACCUCUGGAUGGCCGGAAAUGGCACUCUCAGACAGUGACACAUAUGUGUUGGCUUGGUGUGGGCCUAUUUUUAUAUGUUUUAUGGUCCUACUGCCCGACGAGCUCUGUCGGGCAGUAGGGCUUGCUCUGUCCGGUGGGGGACUUAAACAUCCUGCCCCCCCCCCCCUGCUGGCGCACAUGGAUCCAAUUUUAUGAUACCCAUGUCAGUUGGUCACGAAAUUACUGGCAAAAGUAAUUUGCAAGUUUUCAUUGGUUAUGCAAGAUAAAGAACAAGUAAUAUCUGGCUAUAACAAUUAAUCAAAAUAUAUUUGGUUAGAAGGUUAGAAAAAUAAACAUGGUUAAUUUAGAAA